UCAUAUAGACAAUGGAAGAUGCUGCUGUCAUUAAUAUUGGUACCUAAAAGGCGCCGCGAAAAGGGCGUGGCGAAAUCAGGCAGCUGCAGGGUGCACUCCAGUCUUGAGGACUCCUCCUCCCAACGAAGGCGCGAAAAAAUCAUCAAAGCCGUUAAUUCGGUUACGAGGUGAAGAUGCAGAGUUUGCCUCUCCCCUCUCCACUCAACUUCUCUUUCCAUUCUUUUUCAACAACUUCAAAUCCCUCUGUCCAUUUCCCCAGAUUUUCAACCCCCAAUCCCCUUACUGAUCGUUUGAUUCGCCAACUCAACGAUGGCCACCUUCGUAAAGCAAUCUCAACUCUCCAACUUAUGCUGCAGCAAGGAUCCCACCCUGAUCUCCAAACCUAUUCGCUUCUCCUUAAAACAUGUAUUCGAACUCGUAGUUUUGCUCUUGGUAGACUCGUUCAUGAAAAACUCACUCAGUCGCACCUCCAGCUCGACUCUGUGACUCUUAAUUCCUUAAUUAGCUUGUACUCCAAGAGCGGGCAGUGGGAGAAAGCGAAGUCCAUUUUUGACGGGAUGGGAAAUGAGAAGGAUUUGAUUUCGUGGAGUGCGAUGGCAUCUUGCUUCGCGAAUAACAAUAUGGAGUUUGAAGCGCUUCUUACAUUUCUUGAAAUGCUCGAAAAUGGUUAUUACCCGAAUGAGUACUGCUUUACGGCGGCAAUCCGCGCGGGUUCGAGGGCCGAAUAUUCAUCGGUGGGUGACUCUAUUUUUGGGUUUAUCAUUAAAAGUGGGUAUUUUGCCUCUGAUGUAUGUGUGGGGUGUGCUUUAAUUGAUAUGUAUGUAAAGGGCCGUGGCGAUUUGGUUUCAGCUUUUAAGGUGUUUGAGAAAAUGCCUGAAAGAAAUGCAGUUACUUGGACUCUGAUGAUUACUWGGUAUAUGCAAUUUGGGUACACAGGAGAAGCAAUUAAUUUGUUUUUGGAUAUGAUAUUAAGUGGAUAUGAGCCUGAUAGAUUCACAUUAAGUGGUGUAAUAUCAGCUUGUACGAAGUUAGAAAUAUUAUCGCUAGGGCAGCAGUUGCACUCUCAGGCCAUAAGACAUGGGUUGACUCUGGAUCGUUGUGUUGGUUGUUGUCUAAUAAAUAUGUAUGCUAAAUGCUCUGUGGAUGGAUCAAUGUGUGAAUCAAGACGGGUUUUUGAUCAGAUUCUGGAUCAUAAUGUCUUUUCUUGGACUACAAUGAUCGCAGGAUAUGUUCAAAAAGGAGGAUAUGAUGAAGAAGCUUUGGACCUUUUUCGUAGGAUGAUCUUAACAGAUGUUUUACCAAAUCAUUUUACGUUUUCCAGCACCCUCAAGGCGUGUGCAAAUGUAGACAAUCUACGGAUUGGCGAACAGGUCUUUACUCAUGCAGUAAAGCUCGGCUUAGCAUCGGUUAAUUGUGUUUCGAACUCACUUAUUAGCAUGUAUGCACGAUCUGGCAGAAUUGAUGAUGCAAGGAAAGCAUUUGAUAUUCUGUUUGAGAAGAAUUUGAUUUCAUAUAACACGGUAAUUGAUGCAUAUGCUAAGAAUUUAAAUUCUGAAGAAGCUUUUGAACUUUUCAAUGAGAUCGAGGAUCAAGGGAUGGGAGCUAGUGCUUUCACAUUUGCUAGUCUUCUAAGUGGAGCAGCCAGCAUCGGUAUGAUAGGUAAGGGCGAGCAAAUUCAUGCUCGGGUGAUAAAGUCAGGGUUGAAUUUGAAUCAGUCCGUUUGCAAUGCUUUAAUCUCUAUGUAUUCUAGGUGUGGUAACAUUGAAGCUGCUUUCCAAGUUUUUGAAGACAUGGAAGAUAGAAAUGUCAUCUCUUGGACUUCCAUUAUCUCAGGUUCCGCAAAACAUGGGUUUGCAACAAAAGCCUUGGAGUUGUUCGACAAGAUGCUCGGGGCUGGUAUAAGACCAAAUGAAGUAACCUACACUGCUGUCUUAUCAGCUUGUAGCCACGUUGGUUUGGUUAAUGAGGGUUGGAAACACUUCAAAUCAAUGUAUGCGGAUCAUGGAGUUGUUCCGAGGAUGGAACAUUAUGCUUGUAUGGUUGAUAUACUGGGUCGGUCGGGAUCUCUUUCUGAAGUCAUUCAGUUUAUCAACUCAAUGCCUUACAAAGCUGAAGCCCUUGUGUGGCGAACAUUUCUUGGAGCCUGCCGAGUUCAUGGCAACCUAGAACUCGGGAAACAUGCUGCAAAAAUGAUUAUCGAACAAGAGCCACAUGAUCCAGCGGCGUACACCUUGCUAUCAAAUCUGUAUGCAUCGACCUCCCAAUGGGAAGAAGUAGCAAAUAUCAGAAAAGCCAUGAAAGAGAGAAAUUUGAACAAAGAAGCAGGUUGUAGCUGGGUAGAGAUAGAAAAUAAAGUACACAAGUUCUAUGUUGGUGAUACUACGCACCCAAAAGCUGGGGAAAUAUAUGAAGAACUUCAGCGGUUGUGUUUGAAGAUAAAGAAACUGGGAUAUGUCCCGAAUACGGAUUUUGUGCUUCAUGAUGUGGAGGAGGAUCAAAAAGUGAGAUAUUUGUUUCAACACAGCGAGAAAAUAGCAGUAGCUUUUGGUGUUAUCAGCAGUACAUCCAAGUCGAAACCCAUCAGAGUAUUCAAGAACCUACGAAUCUGUGGGGACUGUCACAGUGCAAUCAAAUACAUUUCAAUGGCCAGUGGCAGAGAGAUCAUUGUUAGAGAUGCAAACCGGUUUCAUCAUAUUAAAGAUGGAAGAUGCUCCUGCAAUGAGUACUGGUGAUGAUGUCAAAGUUGGAGCUGCGAAAUCAGGUAUGCAUUCUCCUUCUCCGUCCCCUAGCUUAAAAUUCUCACCAACAGAAAUUUAGGGAGAACGGAUUGUUAAUAAUUUUCAAAUUAAAUGUAAUUGAUUGUAAUGUAACGUUGAUGAGUAAAAUUAAUUAAUAUAAGUUUUUUGAGCUUGA